AUGACCAUCAGAACGGAAGAAAGCGGCGACAAACUUCUUGCUGGCGUGCGAGAGAAGGAUGUGGGAAUUGUCCGACAAGCUUUAUCAGAAGGCUACGAUCCAAACCAAGCCGACAAGAAUGGAUGGACAGCUUUUCAUGAAGCUGUUUCAACAGGAAACUCGUCGAUAAUUUUGGCUUUCCUUCGKCGAGGCGCUYGUCCCGAUUUACAAGAUGGUGUUAAUCAAGAAAGCGCUCUCCACAUUGCUUCAAUGGAUGGACAAACAAAGAUCGUUCAAAUGUUAUUAGAUAAUGGCGCAAAUAUUAGCUUGAAAAACAUUGAGGGAAAGACUGCGGAAGAUGUUGCUAGUUCAGCAUGCAAGGAACUUCUGCAGAGAAAAAGAAUUCAAUUGUUAAUGAGCACUGGYCCUGAUAAGUCCACCAAAUCUUACAAAGAUGGUUCACUUUUGAAAUUAAAUCCAGAACGAAGCGCUAGCCCCAAGAAAACAAUUGCCACUUCUCCUUCACGUGAUAGAACGUCAUCAAAUGAUUAUAGUGACAGCCCAAGUCCAGGUGAAAUAAAACUUUCAUUUGAGUAUUACACCAAAAAUGUCUGCCUAAAAGUUAACAUCUUAGAAGUAAAARAUCUCAAGUUACCAACAGUUCACAAUUUUAGUCAUCUCUAUGUAAAAUGCUGCCUGAUUCCCGACAAAGACAAAGACACAAAAGGCAAGACUAGCUCCUUUAGGAUUGACUCAGAAGAUCAAGGCUACAUGUCUCGUGGAAGCAGCGCGAGCUCUCAGGGCAGCACAGGAAGUUAUUCCAGCAUUGACUCUGACGUAAUUGCCGAGAAGAAAGGUGAAAACAGUGUUAAUCCUUUUAUUUCUCUUUUUCCAGUUCACAAUUUUAGUCAUCUCUAUGUAAAAUGCUGCCUGAUUCCCGACAAAGACAAAGACACAAAAGGCAAGACUAGCUCCUUUAGGAUUGACUCAGAAGAUCAAGGCUACAUGUCUCGUGGAAGCAGCGCGAGCUCUCAGGGCAGCACAGGAAGUUAUUCCAGCAUUGACUCUGACGUAAUUGCCGAGAAGAUCWUGUCGGUUUUGAAGAAGAGACCCCACUUGGGCUCCAAAAAGAACAAAACUGAAGUAAAAUGUGUACUUCAUUCUGAAGGUGAAGAAACCACGGGUCGUGUGUCAUUCUCCAUCUACGAAAGCCUUUCCUACGACGCUGUUGUUCUGCGCAAGCUCAAUAGCAUUAUGCAAGAGUGUAAAGUCCAUGUGCGCGUGUGCGGAAGAAAYCGUUGGACAUCCAAGGGCUCAACCCUCGCAGAAGCAACAAUUCCUCUGGCUGUUGCUCUCAAGAGAACAAAGGAGCCGCAAUCGUUUUGUCUGAAYUAUAAGAUCGAUGUUCCUGUGACGCCUGAAGAAAGGAAGUUUGCGCAAAUGAACCAGUCUUGGGAAGUGAAAGAAGGAAGCCAGUAUACAGGACGCAGUGUAGCGUGGAACAUGGCGGAACCCACGGAAGCAGCACAGCCACAAACAAUGUACAAAACUGUUAGCGUCCCUGAUUUCUCAUCCACCAAGAAGCACAGAAAACACCCUUCAAAAGCAUCAAGAUUCCUGAAAGGAGACCUCAAGAUAUUCAAAGGAAAGCAAAACGAUCGCUAUAAGAARAAUGGRAAACAAAUGGUGGAGAACCCAGCACUUUCGAUGGAGAACCCAGCAUGUAGUGACGAAGUCGAAUACAUCGGCCCUGAUUUGGAUAGCUCUCUUUCUUUUAAUACCACCAUGGACCGGCAUGUAAGCGAACACUGGAACGUAGGCAAAAGCGUUGAUAAUAUCUUUGAAGUUACGAGGGUUGUAGAUGAACCAACAGCUCCACAACAUUCUCUAAAGUACAGUCGUGCUUUCGGAUCAGAGCAGAGAAGGAGACCAAGGCACACGUUUGAAAAGGACGUUUCAAUAGAAGAUGUSGAUGAUGACUUUGAGCAGGAACUCUCACUAACGACAACUAGUCUGAGACCAAGGGUUUCACGUCGUUGAAGAACACGUAUUUUUAUUUAAAUUGUCCUAAGAUAAAUUUUUUAAUUGACAUAUAUUAUAUAUUGUUUUUCGMCAUUUUAUUUUAUUUUUCAGAAAUGUUUUACCAUACUGAGGUAUUAAUGCACUCAAACUUGCAAUUAGGUCGGAUAGUUUCGAAUAGUUCUUUCAGAAACCUCUUUUGAGAAAAGUUGAAUUUCAUUAAGUUAUAAGGUGUAUAUUUUUCUUAAAAAGUAAGACUUACAGUCGUUUUUUAACAAAAGUUUGCAAUAUUUCAAUUCAGUCGCGUAUCGACUGCUAAAAUAGAUCAAAUAUGAAUUGUAAAAAGACAUAGAUUUUUUAUAUGAAAGAUUUUUAUUUUGAAAA